AUGAAUAUAAAUCAACAUUUAUCGUCAACACUUUUUCUCAGUUAUACAUGUUUGGUUAGUGGUCUAAUUAUUAAUUUUCUUCAAUUAUGUUCAUGUCUUAUAUGGCCAUUUAAUAAGCAACUCUUUCGAAAGAUUAGUUGCUAUUUAGCAUUGGCUAUUAAGCGUCUUCAAUCGAUCUCUGAUGUAACAGUUGGUUUUAAAAAGACUGAUGUCAAGCCAACACUUCUUAGUAUAUUAAAAGGAUGCGCUUGUCAAGCAGAGCUAUUUGUUGAACGUUUUCCAAUUUCUGAAAUACCUACUGAUACUGAAGGAUCUAGCAAUUGGAUUCAUGAACUAUAUCGUGAAAAAAAUAAAAUAUAUGAUUCUUUUGUUCAAUAUGAUACUUUCGCAGGACAUGGAUUACCUUCAACUGAAAUCUCACAUAAGUAUUUUGAUUUAUUAAUUGAACUUGGAUGGAUAAUUAUUAUUUAA